AGCGCGACGCGGCGAUGCUUUCCCGCUGGCGACGACGACGCCGCCGACGACGAGGAGGAGCAGGAGGAGGAGGAGGACGACGACGACGACGAGCGGCCCGGGCUGUGGCGGUGUCGGGGGGUCGGCGUUGAUGCCCGGCGGCGGCGGCGGGAGCCCGGCGGCCCGCAGCGUCCAGGCGUGCGAGGAGCCGGCGGGCGGGGGCGUGGCGUUGGGCAGGAUGAGCCUGUCGCCGAAGGAGCUGUCCAGUCUGCUGGGGAUCAUCUCGGAGGAGGCGGGCGGCGGCAGCACGUUCGAGGGCCUGUCGAGCGCCUUCCACCACUACUUCAGCAAGGCGGACCACUUCCGGCUGGGCUCGGUGCUGGUCAUGCUGCUGCAGCAGCCCGACCUGCUGCCCAGCGCGGCGCAGCGCCUCACCGCGCUCUACCUGCUCUGGGAGAUGUACCGCACCGAGCCGCUCGCCGCCAACCCCUUCGCCGCCAGCUUCGCCCACCUGCUCAACCCCGCGCCGCCCGGCCGGGGCGGACAGGAGCCCGACCGGCCCCCGCUCUCAGGAUUUUUACCUCCCAUAACUCCUCCUGAAAAGUUUUUCCUUUCCCAGUUGAUGCUAGCUCCUCCCAGAGAGCUAUUCAAAAAGACACCUCGACAGAUUGCCUUAAUGGAUGUCGGGAACCUGGCCCAGAAUGUGGACAUCAGUGGGCUACAGUUGGCCCUGGCUGAACGCCAGUCUGAAUUACCAACCCAGAGCAAGGCCAGCUUCCCUAGCAUUCUCAGUGAUCCAGACCCAGAUUCCUCCAAUUCUGGUUUUGACAGCUCCGUUGCCUCACAGAUCACGGAAGCUUUAGUCAGCGGACCAAAACCUCCCAUUGAAAGUCACUUUCGGCCGGAGUUUAUCCGUCCACCACCUCCACUCCACAUCUGUGAGGAUGAACUGGCUUGGCUGAAUCCAACCGAGCCUGACCAUGCAAUUCAAUGGGAUAAAUCGAUGUGUGUUAAAAAUAGUACCGGUGUGGAGAUCAAGCGCAUCAUGGCCAAGGCAUUCAAAAGCCCUCUGUCUUCCCCACAGCAAACACAGCUCCUUGGAGAAUUAGAAAAGGAUCCCAAACUUGUUUACCACAUUGGUCUGACUCCUGCCAAACUUCCUGAUUUAGUGGAAAACAAUCCUUUAGUGGCUAUAGAAAUGUUGCUGAAGUUAAUGCAGUCAAGCCAGAUCACAGAGUAUUUUUCAGUCCUGGUCAACAUGGACAUGUCUUUACAUUCGAUGGAAGUUGUAAAUCGACUUACUACAGCAGUUGAUCUACCUCCUGAAUUUAUUCACCUUUAUAUUUCAAAUUGCAUUUCUACUUGUGAACAGAUUAAAGACAAAUAUAUGCAGAAUCGUUUGGUGCGUCUCGUCUGUGUCUUUCUUCAGUCUUUGAUACGAAACAAAAUUAUUAACGUACAGGACUUGUUCAUAGAGGUGCAGGCCUUCUGUAUUGAAUUUAGUCGGAUACGAGAAGCAGCUGGCCUUUUCCGAUUGCUGAAGACAUUGGACACUGGGGAAAAUCCUUCAGAGACUAAAACUUCAAAGUAAAGCCUCGGCAAGCUCCCUUACCAAACGCUUUGUUUUUAAGUUGUUUAAUCUUUAAAACUACUGGAACCUGAUAGGACGGUUUGGCCUAAUAUAAAGAGAGCUUCAUCAAUUUAAAAGCAAGGAUUGUGUUUCUGCUUUAAUAUAACCUUUUUUUAAAAAAA